AAUACGGAUAGAAAACUCCGGCAUGGAGUCGACUAUGCCUUGUGCACACUCCUUUUAUAGUCUUCGUGGUUAAUAAAGCGCCAGUCUGUUUUGCUGAAUCGAGAGAGAUUGUCUCUGUAAAUUACUAUUCAAUUCUGCGGUUUUGAAGUCAUGCAAUCAGUAGCCACAGGAAGAAAGCGUGAUUACAAAACAUGAAAGAAAGAAAACAAACAAGCAUGAUCCAAAUACCCCAAAAAUUCCAUUCUUCCAGUGUAAUAAUGAUUUAAGUAGACGUGGUAAAACUGAAGAAGUCACAGUUGUUGAAUGGUAACAUUGUUAGUGGGUACCAUUUCUCAUUCUUCAGUCGUCUUGAUUGUUUUUCGUUAUUUGUACAAUAGUGACGUUUCUGUUGUUAAUUGGCUUGGCUUUCAGUUCAUUGACAAGCUAUGAGACGUUCAAUUAACAACCUAAAUAUCUCAAUCAAACAUAUCACACUAUAUUGUACACCAGCUCAUCGGCUGAGAUCUAAGACCGGAUUAAGAUUAAGCUCAUUUUUGUUAAUUUUUGGAGGAGUUAAGGAUUAACCAAACUUUCGCAGUAAAUCUCCUCUGGCCUGCCGUGACUCGUUGCACCUUUAACAUGGCCUUGAUGAUUAUUAUUUUGCUAGCUACGAUAACGACACAGAUGACACAAGCUCAAUAUUUCAUGGAACGAAAGUAUCAUGRACGUUUAACUUCUGCCUCCGACCCGUCUGUUGAAAAUCACAAAAGACCACAAAUUGAAGACACUCGACCAAACGCAUUUAGUAUGACAGCACGAGAAGCACUUCGUAUAAUUGACAAAAUUCAACGAGAGGAAGCAGACUGCGGAACAAUGCUUGAGACUAGAAGCAUGGAAGUCCUUGGGAUUAAAUACGAAAACUCUGUUUACAAACAACAAGCUCAAAUCGCAAUACGAACAGCAAACUUGAUAUCAGAUCUKCUUCCGUCAGGAUCAGCUAAGUUACCGCACGGACAAGACUCUAUUUUGCUAAAAAACAAAAAUAUUUUGUUUGGAAUUGUUCGGAGUAACGUAGAAAGUGAUCGUUUGAUAUUUGGCUCUGCUGUUAUUUUUAGUAGCUUCCCUAACUAUACCUGGUACGCCCCCUAUGCAUAUCGUAACUUGAAUGACCCCUAUAUCAAAGUGAAAGACCUGUCAACUACAUGGAGCUACCUUCAUGAGCUAUUCGUCAAUUUUGUACGCAUCAAGUCUGUUGGAAGACCUUUUCCUUCGCGGACCACAUUUUUUUAUCCACGACGAAAUGAGUCUUCUGACUUUGCUCAGGUUAAUCUGACUCAUCACUUUGCUGAAACUAUUGACGGGUUGUGGACUCGCCCCUAUUACGAGUGUACGACAUCUAAAGCCUGGCAGAUCACUUUCACAGUGCCUAUCAUUGGAAACUGGAGUGGAGAUGGGAAACCUACUUUUAUGGGUGUGACAACUAUUGACAUUGAGCUUACCAACGUUGACAUUAACCAGUGUGAUCUGGAUUCUGGGGGUACCUUUCAAUUUGGAGUGUUCGCAGGAACUCACCGAUGUAAAAACGUUUCAACCAAGUGUGUCCCCUACAUUGGACUUGGAUUCCAGGCUGGCUCAUACAAAUGUGUUUGCAGAACUGGAUUCUACUUUCCCAAGAAACUGUCCAGUCAAAAGUGGUUUAACGGGACAGAAAUUGAGUUUCUUGCUCAAGACAAUCAAUCCAUUUACCACAGGGAUCCCAAUAGUUUCGAGUGUUUACCAUGUCGAGAGGGGUGUGUCACAUGUGACGAUGAUUCACCUUGUGUGGUGACCUUGAAUUGGCCAUUAAGGUACACUCUGGUCGGGUUUACUGGGCUUACCGUCGUCGUUACCUUGUCAAUUAUUGUUGUGGUGAUUUUAUACAGGGAUAUAAAGGUCAUCAAGUCAGCAAGUCCACAGUUUCUUUGUAUAAUUUUAUUUGGUUCCAUAUUAAUGUACCUGGAGGUUAUAGUAUUGCUCCCUGUAGCUGAACCCCUGCUGUGCAUUGUACGUCUGUGGCUACGUCAUCUUGGCUUCGGCCUCGCUUAUACAUCACUCCUUCUCAAGACAUGGAGAAUUUCAGUAAUAUUCCGCGUGAAGUCAGCCCAGAAAAUACGACUGACUGAUCGUCAUUUAUUGACUCGCCUUGCACCAAUUCUGGCCGUGUAUCUAGUCUAUCURCUUGCCUGGUCACUAGCUGGUGAAGUAAGAGUAUUAGAACACAAGGAUCUACGGGACAGGACUUACAAAGAGUGUUCCUUUGAUUGGUGGGACCACGCCAUUUUGAUUUUUGAAUUGUUGUUUUUGCUUUGGGGCAUUCGUCUGUGCUACUCAGUAAGGAAGGCGCCCUCUGCAUUUAAUGAAAGCAAGUUUAUAAGUUGGUCUAUMUAUAACAUGUUUGUCGUCACACUUUUUCUCAAGAUUGCCAGAGUGUUCAUUAAUCAUGUUGCUGGACCAGAUAUGAACUAUCUUGUGGAGUUUUUCCGAGUGCAGUUCACCGUCUCGCUACUCGUUGGACUAGUGUUUGUACCUAAGGUUGUUAGGAUAUUAAAAGGGCGUGGUGACGUUUUCGAUUCCAGUGGUAAGCUGGCGUCAAUCAAAGGAGCUUCCUUGAGCCUUAGGAAUAUGCAUGCAGGCCCAAGUUCUGAAGGUACAGUGAACCUUGCUCAAGAGAAUGAAGAACUCAAGGYCGAAAUUCGUAAGCUGUACUCCCAACUCCAGCAAAUCAAAACAGCCAACAUGGUUUACGACAAUCGACAUUUAUCCAAGUCUACCGGUCAGUUGAAUGACUCUGUUGUAUCACUUGCAGAAAUAGGAAACAAUUUUGCAAACCCGAGCUUUUCACCGAGACGCAGCCGGAGAAAUCAGCGUCUUUCGCCCGCAGCUGARCUUGCAAGUGACUUUGUAUGAUUUACUUGGAAUAAGGUACAGUCGGCAGAAACGAUAGACUUCCAUUAAAUUUUAUAAUGGAACAUGAUAACAAUGYUGCAUUGCUGUUAAUAUGUCACCGCAAUUCGUAAAGUUUUAAUAAAAGUGGUCAGUCCAAACUCAAACUCGGGCAUUGACAAAACCUUGAUUUUCUCUCCCAGUCUCCAGUUAAUCUCUGAGAACUGAGACACUGCAAAAGUUUGCCAACUGUCCUGCAAGUGGCUUUAUCUUAACAACAUUUUGGUAAGACUGGUAAACUGAGGAGAAGGGCUU